CCAAUGAGAGGGACUGGGGUUUGGGGAUUCAGGGAGCUGGUUAAGGCACAAGGUCACGAUGUCCUUGUAGCCGUAGAGUAUGAAACAAGUGAUCCAGCAUCUUGAGCAGCUGAGUCAAAAAGCAGCUGAGUCAAAAACCCAAGCAGUGAUUUGAAGGUAUGGACUCUAGCCAACUGGGAGACCACAAGCAUUUUCCUCAUGUUCCACAAACUGAUCCCCAAAUUUCUCCAGAAUACACAUCAUAUAGCCCCUGAGGUGGAAUGGUGAUGUCUUCAUGAGGGAACCUCCUCUCAUUCAUACUGUCAUGUGUAUCAUACUGUUCUUAACUGGGCCAUUCAUCUGAGAUGGGAUUUACCCUGUGAAACAGGGAGAAGACUUAUGGACCCCAGACAUCAUUUGAAGUCGUAGCUGAGUUUUUUUUUUUUUUUUUUUUUUCAAGUACAGACAUACAUGCAAAGCUCCUUUCCUUUGGGCCCUCUGCUUUGUUAAAGCUGCUGUGUUGCUAACCCAGAACUGCUCAAGUGACUGAUCAUCAUGGCUUCAGUUUGGAAGAGACUGCAGCGUGUGGGAAAACAUGCAUCCAAGUUCCAGUUUGUGGCCUCCUACCAGGAGUUGAUGGUCGAGUGUACCAAGAAAUGGCAACCAGAUAAACUGGUGGUAGUUUGGACAAGAAGAAGCCGAAGGAAGUCUUCUAAGGCUCAUAGCUGGCAACCUGGAAUAAAAAAUCCAUACCGUGGCGUUGUAGUGUGGCCUGUUCCUGAAAACAUUGAAAUCACUGUGACACUUUUUAAGGAUCCUCAUGCAGAGGAAUUUGAAGAUAAAGAGUGGACAUUUGUCAUAGAAAAUGUAAGCUAA